AUGGUCGAUAAGUAUUGCACUCCUGCCUUCGCUGCACCAGAGGUGGUAAAUCGCGCUCCAAAUUUCUCCGGUAAAGCCUGUGAUGUGUGGAGCCUUGGUAUAUUGCUUUAUUUAUUGUUGCUUGGUCGCUAUCCAUUUUAUGAUGAGACACCAGCCGGUGUUUUUUCAAAAAUUCGUGUUGCGAAGGUCGUCUUACCCCCAGAUGUACAUCUGAGUGCUGGCGCUCGUGCAUUGAUUUUUGGCCUAUUACGUCGUGAUCCCGAUGAGCGUCCAACCACCGCUGAGUUACGGUUCAUUCCAUGGGUUUGUCCUCCGAAAGUGCCUUGUAGAAGAAGACCGACAGAUCCGCACAUUAGUCCUUCGUUGCACAUGCGCAUAGCUUUAGUGGUAUGUUAUGUACACUGCAAAGAUAAAUACGUGUGCGUAUCCAUAUGUAGGGAUAGGAUAUAUAUAUAA